AUGAGUCGUCGGUAUUCGACAACUAUCUCGACCCAGGGCGUGAAUUGGUCUUCGCCAGUGAAUGUUUUCCAGAUGGAACAACGUCGAUAUCAAUCGAAUGAUGCUGAGAACGGAAAUAGAGAUGAAAUGGAAGCGAAGGACGAGACAAGUCAGCAUACAAUCACUGGAGAAGGAACGACAGAUUCGGGAAUCCCUGGUGCUCAGAAAGGUGGGAAGAAAUUAGCCAUCAUCUACACUUGUAAUGUCUGCGGGACACGGUCAGCGAAGCAGUUCACAGAAAAUGCAUACAAUAAUGGUGUGGUGAUUGUACAGUGCCCCGGUUGCAACAAUCGUCAUCUGAUUGCGGAUAACUUGGGAUACUUCUCAGACGACGAUGCGGGCUGGAAUAUCGAAAAAGCCAUGGAGCGCAUCGGGGGAAAUGUACGAGUAGUGAAUAACGACAAUGUCUUGGAAUUGAGUGUGGAGGAUGUGUAUGGAGAUGAAGCCAUUGACAAUGCCAAAAAAAGUCCUAAAGAUUCACAUUGA